AUGUCCAAUUAUUAUCGAGCGGCUUCUUUACUUAAAUACACGAUUUUACAAUACACUAGCUCGACGUCAUUUGAACCGGAGAAGAAAGUGGCUUCCCUUGCCGAGGUCAAGCCUGCGCACCAACCUCUACCCCUCGUGCUGGCCAACGAGCAACGGUCGCUGCCGAAGGCCACCUCCAUAAUGGAGGAAGGUGUCUCCCUUAACCGUGACACCGUUUCAAGCCGUCUAAAUCCCGUUUCAGCGACUGUGUCGAAAGAGGACCGACAUUCAUGGCGGACGCACUACUUCCAGAUCUUCGACAAGCCAUUUCUCAGACUCUGGGACCACUGCUCAGGAAUCCAACCAAAUGGCGAUGGCUGUAUGAAAUCAAGAGCGGAGCGUGAACGCCUUGAUACCUUCAAAUCUCGGAAGGAUUCGUUAACCAUUCAUAUUGAUCACAAAGCUUAG